AUGGUGGAGAUGCUUGCAGAACAGGUUCUUCAAAACGCUCGCCUCUCGGACGACCAGAUCCUCAUGAUUCGCACCGUGGUCGGCAAGGCCCUCACGGUCGAGGCUGUGUGUGAGGAGAUGGUUGCCCAGCAUGCCUCCCUGCACUUGAAAGAGAAGAGGACUCAGGCCCACUUUCCGCGGAGCAAGGGGCCGGGCUACAAGGGCGGCUAUAAGAGUGGCAAGGGCAAGGGCUAUGGAUACCUUGCCGAGUUUGACGAGCUCGAGGACCCCUACGAGGAGGCCUAUGUCGCAUGGGACAGCCAGAGCCAGAGCCAGAGCCUUGGUGGUGGAUAUGAGGAUGAUGGCCACAGCUAUGCGUACCAGGCGGCCCCGGACCUCGACUACGUCGAGGAAGAUGAGGGGGUGAUCCAGGCCUUCACGGCGAUGCUUCAGGAAGGCUUCGACGAGACGUUGGAUGGUGACGCGGCCGAGUUUGCAGCCGAAGUUCUUCAAUCUGAGGGCGAGGCUUACAUGCUCCGCCAGCAGGCCACCCAGAGAGGCCACCACGGGUUUCAGAACAAGCGCUAUGAGUUCCGUGGCGAGAUGAGCAUUGAGGAGCGCAAGGCCCGCAUAAGCUCCCUCAAGGAGCGCACCACGUGCAAACGAUGCGGCCAGCAGGGGCACUGGGCGAAUGACGCCAGCUGUCCCAAGGGCAAGGGCAAGCGACCGCACAAAGGCGCUCCUACGGCUUCCUCGGCCUCCUCUUCGGCGUCUACGGCGGCAAGCAAGAGCAAGGGCAAGGGCAAAGGAGGACCAUUCAAACCAAGGCCGGUCUACUUUGCCAUUUCGGAGCCCGACCAGGCCGCCAAGACGGCGAUGAUGGCUACGAAGAACGACUUCACCAAGGUGCCGCCCCCGACCAGCCUGGAUCCGCCUAGACCUGCUGUCUCUAUCGCCCCUACCUCUUUGGAUGGUGUGGCCCCGCCUGCUACUUUGAGUUCCUUGCUGUCUUGGCCGGGAAGGCGGCCGGAGGCGGGCAGAGGCGAGGCGAGAAGGACAGAGCAGGCAACAGCACCGGGAACAUUCGAAACGGCUUUGGUGGCCCCUUCUUCCACACAGGAGACAGAACAGGCGACAGCACCGAGAACAUUCGAGACGGCUUUGGUGGCUCCUUCUUCCUCUUCGUCUUCAGCCAUGGUGGCGGUGGCUCCCGAGCACCCUGUGAACAUGAGGCUGGUGGAGGGUCUGGACAUGGACCAGCAGAUGCUCAUAGAAGCCCUGCGUGCCAAUAGCGACGUGGUGCUGGACCAGAUGAUCGAGGCAGCCAGGACCAUGGACGUCACUGAGGGCGAGGGGCAGCUUUUGAUCACACAAGGACCUAUGGAGCCGACACCAGUUCCUAUUCCCUUGGAGCCCUCGCCGGCAGAUGAAGUCGAAUCUUUGAGCAUGGCUUCGCCAUCGGAGUCCUGGUUGGAGGCCGGGCUGGAGGAACGUGAACGUGAGCAAGAACAGGUCGUGGCUGAUGAGGUGAACGAUGAGACGCCAUAUCCGGGAGAGACCCAGGUGCCAGCCGGGGCACGGGGGUCCAGUGCAGGACAGUGCCUGCACGCUCGCUUCACCACCAAGGGGACCAACAAGCACUACUACCUCAAGACGUGCCUCGACUGCAAGAAGGUCCUGGAGCGACGCAAGAAGGAGCAGGUUGAUGAAGCCCCGGUCGGGUACCCCAAGAAGCCCGAGGACUGUGCACAUGUUCGUGUGAGUCGCCAGGGAACCAACAGUCACGUGUGGAAGUGGCAUUGCCAAGACUGUGGUAUGAGGAAAGAGGGCCGCGUUGACCAGCAGCCCAGCACAUUCGGCGACGUCCUCGGUGGCACUCUGGCUGGGAAUUUUCAGCAGGGACCUGACACUCCUGCUGUGAAGGUGCUGGAGCUUGCCGGCGCCGUGGUGAUGAUUCAGGAGAGCGGCGGCGUGCCGAUGGGUCUGGACCGCUUGCCGUCCAUCGUUGAGAAGUGUGCGGCCGUCUACCGUCAAAGAGAGGCCGCCCGAACCUUGGGGGCGAACAUGGCGGCCAGCAGUGCGGUGGACGCUCCUCGCCAAACUGCCCCAAAAGCCCGUCCUGGAGCAUCCAAUUUGAGUGGAGAUCAGGCCGGCCAACUUUCCGCGGCACACCUGGAGAAUGUGACCGGCAACUCCGUCCUUCAGUCCGGCAAAUACAAAGGGCACACCUUUGAAAAGGCGAUGAAGGACUACCCGGAGUAUGCCGACUGGAUCGUUGCACAGACCAAGAAUUUGGUGGAGGUGUCUCUGAGGCAGUUUCGCCACUAUGUGGUUCUCCAGAGGAGCCGUGGACCUGCCGCCUAUAUGGUCAACGAGCACCCACCUUCGGAGGACUAUCUCUUGGCAGUCCUGGACUCGGGGUGCAAUCAAACGUGCCACGGUGCCCUUUGGAUGAAGAAGUUCGUUGAGGCCUUAGGGAAGCGGACCAUACCUAUUUCCCUGGAGCUACAAGAUGGCAACCUGGCACAUGGUAGCAUCGAGUCCAUAGAGCUGGAGGGCUCGGAGGCCCCUCUUCUUCUUAGCUGCGGUGCUCAGAAGCAGCUUGGCAUUGUCUUGGACCUAGGCAACCUCACGGCACACAGCCGAUUGUUCGGCCAGGACCUGGCGCUGGAGGACCGUGAUGGCCUACCUGCUGUUCGGCUUCUCCCCUUCAACGACCAGUACCAGCAGCAGUUUGCUAUGAUGGUGGAGAAGGACACGCCGGCGGCAGAGACGACCCAGCCCGACCAAGACAUUGCCGAGGAGGAGGUCCAUGAGAGUGACUUCUGGCAGCAUCAAGAGGGGAACAUUGAAGCGUCAGUUCUUCACUGCGCGGUUCGGCGCACCGUGGCUAUUGUGGAGGCUACCGGGGAGAAGGCUGAGUUCCGCGACCAAUGGCUCCCGCUUCGGCCCGAGGAGCUGGACACACGUGGCUACCUUGAUGGACCCUGGAAGGGGUAUACCUACUUCUACCGAGACUAUGAACACGCGCACGAGGAGCUCAAGGAGGACCGCAAUUACGAGAGCACCGGCAUGUUUGCGGCGUUCGACGAGGAGAAGCCGGUGGUCUUGAGCCGGGGUCAGAAGAAGGCCCUGAGAGAGCACAGCGACAAUCUUGUGCGCGAGGAUGCGGCCAUGUGGGCCGAGCUCAAAGGCACACCCGACUACCGACGAGCCUCCCGACUACUUCCUCGCGGCUGCCGUUCCUUCGUCUUGGAGCUCUUCGCCGGGGCCGCGGCCCUCACCGCCUUGGCCGUGGGAUAUGGUCUGCCGACGGCCAGCCCUAUCGAUCUUCAAGCGCCAGGCUGGAACUUGAGAGACCCGGCGGCACGGCAGCGACUUCAAGCACGAAUUGAAGAAGAAGACCCCUACUUGUUGGCAGUUUCGCCCGUGAUGUUGCCGUGGAACAGCUGGAGCACAAACGAUCUCUGGAGGCCGGGCGAGCAGGCAGACAAGAUCAGGGCCGGACGGCGCGACUGGUAUGAUGCCUUUGUCUGGCUGUGCCAGAUGGUUCAGCAGCGCACCGCUCAGGGCAGACAGGUGGUUCUGGAGUCGUCCUGGAGCGGUCUCCUCUGGGAGACCAGGUGUUUGGAGCAAGUCCUGGGGCAGCACAACCCGGCCACCGAACAAGACCUGGAGCUGCUCUAUGUGGACUUGUCACAAUGGGGGUUGCGCGACAUGGUCUCUGGACAGCUCGUGCCCAAGGAGUCGGGUGUUCUCACAGCCUCCAAGCACACCAAGCAGGCCCUUGCACAACGUGCUCCUAGAACCGGAGAGGAGUCGCCAACGCGGCGCCACCAGCGAGCACGGCUUGCAGCCAAAUGGCCCGACCAAUUGUGCGAGGCGGUGUUGCAGGGGGUGUUCGAGGACCUACAGGAGCUCAAUUGUGCCGUGGCUUCUGCUGUGGAAGAAGGCCAAGAGUUGAGCGAGGAGCUGGGCACGCUGGACGCGCUUCACCGCCCCGAAGACGAGAUCGAUGUUCCUAUGCCACCGCCCUUGCAACCUCAUGAACUACAACGGGAAGAAGUUCUUGAAGAAGCUUCGGAACCUCAACAGGCCGAGGGCGAGAAGGAAAGGAAGAGGAAGUGGCUUCGGCUGGAACGGAACCAGCGACUGGCUAUUCGCCGACUUCACCACAUGACAGGCCACGCCUCGAACGAGAGCAUGAUGCGUAUGCUCAGGGCGGCCGGGUCUUCACCGACCGUCGUUUCCGCAUGCCGCUUCUUUCGUUGUCAGGUCUGUUUGGAGAAGAAGAAGCCGCCACAACCGAGUUCGGUGACCUCGGCUCCACCUUAUCAAUUCAACCACGAGGUUGGCUGCGAUGCCUUCGAGAUUGUGGACGCGGCCGGCGGCAAGCACACCAUUUUGUCCUUGGUCGAUUCCGGAACCAAGUACCAGGUCGCGUCGCGAGUUGCAGGAGGUGGGGUGCCAGGCAGCAAGGUUUGCUCUGACAUGUUCUCGUCGAGUUGGCUGGCCCCCUUCGGACCUCCUAAGUUUCUGGUGUGUGACCAGGGCGUUCACAAUCGCGGCCAGUUCGCGGCCCUGAUGGCUUCUAUGGGAACCCAGAUUCGCGUGGUCGGAGCCCGAGCACCAUGGCAGCUCGGGAGAACCGAGAGGCACGGCGGGAUCCUCAAACACAUGAUGAAGAGGAUCAUCCAACAGCACCAGGUGCAAGGCGAGGAUGCGAUCAACCUGGUGGCCCAGCAGUGUGCGGCGGUCAAGAAUGGGUCCUACAACCACUCGGGCUAUUGCCCAACACAAUGGGUUCUGGGCAAGUUGCCCUCUGAGGUCACAUCUCUUACGGAGGAAAAGGACAUUGAGCUGAGACAGCCUUGCGGCCGGCCACGGUGGAGGAGAUCCGAAGACGUCAG